AUGCUGAGCUGUAGGCAACUUAUUUCUCGGCUGGCCCUUCUUCGGCAGGCGAGCACAUUUGCUUGUGUGCGAGCUCCCGACUAUGUGGAAGUCCAGGAGGAGCAGGGCAAUCUCCUGAAGUACCCGCAAGUUUGGCUUAGGGACAACUGUCAAUGUGCCGAGUGCUUCCACGCCGCCACAAGAGCAAGAAAAAGUCACUGGGAGCGUGGCCCGCAAAAUGUACCAGUGUCCCAAGUGGGUUACAACCAGGAGACGAAACAGUUAGAGAUCGUCUGGCAGGACAAGCACAGGAGCAAUUUCGAUCUGGGUUGGCUGAGGGAAAGGGACUUUGGAGAGACUGGCAGAAAGCGUUACUUGGAGGAGGUCUACAAGCCGCCCGCUCAACUCUGGGGAAAAACGGAGUUCGAGGAUGUGAGAAGAGAAUUUCAAUACGAGGACGUGCUGGAGCAAGAUGCAGCCCUGAGAGAUUGGCUUGAGGCACUGGCAGUCCAAGGAUUCGCCAUUCUAAAAGGAGCUCCCAACGACAUAAAUGUGGCCAAGAAGUUGGCCAAACGGAUUGGCUACAUAAAACGCACCACCUACGGCGACGUUUUCGAGGUUAAAUCCAAACCAAAUGCGGGCAACUACGCCUAUCUAAUGACUCCCUUGCCGCUUCACACCGACAUGCCAUACUACGAAUACAAGGCGGGCAUCAACAUCCUGCACACCCUCGUUCAGUCGGAGUCAAGGGGUGGAGCAAAUACUCUGACAGAUGGCUUCAACGUGGCCUCCCAGUUGCAAAAACUGCAUCCGGAGGACUUCGAGGUGCUCAAGUCAGUGCCCGUGAAUUGGUUUGAUAUCGGACACGACGGCGACGACUCCAAGCCCUUCCACAGUCUCUGGAGAGCGCCAGUGAUUUGUUUGGAUGUGGAUGGCCGAUUCGCGAGGAUCAACCAGAACACCACCAAGCGGGACAGCCGGUUCUCCGUUUCCCUGGCGCAGGCCGUGUCCUGGUACAAGGCUUACGAUAAGUUCCUUGAGAUCGCCCAGUCCGAGGCGGUGGAGUUCAAGACCCAAGCCGGCGAUGUGUUUGUCUUUAACAACCUGCGAAUGUUGCACGGAAGAACGGCUUACGAGGAUGCGCCCGGCAACAAGCGUCAUUUGGUGGGCGCCUACGUCGACUGGGACAUUAUUUACUCCAAGCUGCGAACCCUGAAGUUCCCAAAUGCCAAGGAUUGACUGAGGGAAUGUUGGGAGAUUCAGUUGAAAUGUAUCUAUGAAUACUAAUUAAAUGGUUGUGUUUUUUUUACAAUUA